AUGCUCCGCAACGACGAGCUUGCUAGCUUCGAGCUUUCCGACCCUGAGCCAGCGCUAUUGUGUGUCUGCCACCAGUUGGGCAACAGGGUCAGUGCAGUUACCCAGAUUGGCCAACGGGCUUACCUGAUCCCCAUCAUCAACAAGUUGAUGGGCAAGGCGAAGAAGGUGGCGGUCCAUCGUCCUAACACCGGUCAAAGUCAAAGCCAAACCCCAAGUUCCCAUGAGAUCUUCUUCAUGAAGCUCCACCAAGUGCUCCUACUCAUGAUCUUCCGCCACUUCUGGCUCAUGAAUUUUUGCUAUCGCUCCAUGAUGCACCACCAUGAGCCGGCUGUUCAGACUUCAACGAGGCCAGGAAGUUCUGCUAUAGCUCUAUCCUGCGCCCUUGCGUCCUUUACGACGGCGGCGGACGUUGGUAGCCGUCGUGACAGAUGUCGUGGCCCCAGGCACCGAAUUGAGGAGAUCGAGGCAAGCCUACUUCUUCAUACGAUGCGGCAUGUGAUCCGCACGCAACUGGGCCACCUGCUGCUGGAUUUUCCCAAGAAACCACCGCCAACCUCACCAACGCUGUUUGAAGUCUCUGCCAUUGCUGAGCUCGAGCUUGUCCAAGAGGGUCCUACUCGUGUUGGGCCCAUGGACUCGCUCAGGACGGCUCGCCGGCGCCCAGUCAUACUCCGCAACGUUGAGCUUGCGGGCUACGAUGUGCGCACUCCUAUUCAGGGCCACUGUGUCCCCGCAGCUGUUCUGGAGCGAGAAAGUGCUUGA